UUCUAUUGGGUUGGAGACUCAUUUGAAAACAUUAGCCGCGACGAACAAUGUUUGUUUUGGUUAGCAAGCGAUUUGCCUAAAGCGAACAUACGUUUCUGGCUAACAUAGCGAUAUAAACCCAUCAUUAUACUCGAGGAACGACAGUCAACAUUCAUGGGUGAGCUCAAGGAAACCGAUGGCUUUGUUAAUGUGCACAGGAACGGUAACGCUAUAGCUACUGAAACUAGCCGGUCUGUGCAGCUAACAUGGCUAGCUAGCUAAUUUUAUAGCAUGGUCCUCUGUAGCUCAAUUGGUAGAGCACGGCGCUUGCAACGCCAGGGUAGUGGGUUCGAUCCCCGGGACCACCCAUACACAAAAAAUGUAUGCACACAUGACUGUAAGUCGCUUUGGAUAAAAGCGUCUGCUAAAUGUCAUAUUAUAUUAUAUUUUAGCCUUGAUCUUCUGACUUGGCUAACAUAUCCAGGAACUUUUACUAGCCAACAUCGACCGGCGAAAUUUAGCUAGCUACCCCCAUGCGAAACCGUCCUUACCCUAUCCUGUCUGGGACGCAUUCAGCAGGACGCGACGUUACGGAACGUUCACAGAUAAAUGAGUUAGAACAAACAUGCAUCUCUGACAGUGACAUGCACAAUAAGGAACCACUUCGGCUCUAUUUGUGGUAUUUGUAUCUGCAGUGUUCGAUAACGUUUUUCGUACUGAACAUGGCCAUGCACACCUCCAGAGGUAGCGGCCAGCAUUGGCGCAUUGCGCCUCUCACCUUACCUUACCUGUAACGUUUCUGUUUAGAGGACCACAGCGCGGAUGACGACAACUCCAGCAUCUGGUCAUCCUCCCCGGCGAACUCGCCUGUCAUGGACCGUAACCCCUCACCACCCCCGGACAAAGAGGGGGAGCAGGGCGGAGAGGAGGUGGAUGCUAUCGGGGAGACAGUUUACAGCAAACACUGGCUGUUCAGCACCUUGACCCGUCUGAUUCAGGUAGGUAACUGGUGCAUUGUUGCAAUACAGUAUUACUUGUUGCUUCAUGACUCAUGAGACAACUUAUCUAGGCAAUUGAAGUCUAAAAAGUGCCCCAUCAUCUUGUGCUCAAAAUGCGUCAUUGACACGUCAUUGAUCUUGUUUAUGUUUUUCAGAUCGUGUCGGAGCAGAACAUGGGAGACUCUGAUGCCCAGAUGCAGCUACCAGAGGAAGACGAGGAUGAUCUGUGUAAGAUCUGGGAUAUGGCCAUGGACAAGGUCUGUCUCUUUCUUCCUUUCUUUACAAUUCAAAGGGACUUUAUUGGCGGGGAAAACAUGGGGAAACGUGGGGAAACAUGGGGAACUUGGGAAACAUGGGGAACAUUGGAAAACGUGGGAAACAUGUAGAAAAUAGUAAAAAUAAAGAAAAACCCUUGAAUGAGUAGGUGUGUCCAAACUUUUGACUGGUACUAUAUAUAUAUAUAUAUAUAUAUAUAUAUAUAUAUAUAUAUAUAUAUAUAUAUAUAUAUAUACACACACACAGUGAGGGGAAAAAAGUAUUUGAUCCCCUGCUGAUUUUGUACGUUUGCCCACUGACAAAGACAUGAUCAGUCUAUAAUUUUAAUGGUAGGUUUAUUUGAACAGUGAGAGACAGAAUAACAACAAAAAAAUUCAGAAAAACGCAUGUCAAAAAUGUUAUAAAUUGAUUUGCAUUUUAAUGAGGGAAAUAAGUAUUUGACCCCUCUGCAAAACAUGACUUAGUACUUGGUGGCAAAACCCUUGUUGGCAAUCACAGAGGUCAGACGUUUCUUGUAGUUGGCCACCAGGUUUGUACACAUCUCAGGAGGGAUUUUGUCCCACUCCUCUUUGCAGAUCUUCUCCAAGUCAUUAAGUCAUUAAGGUUUCGAGGCUGGCGUUUGGCAACUCGAACCUUCAGCUCCCUCCACAGAUUUUCUAUGGGAUUAAGGUCUGGAGACUGGCUAGGCCACUCCAGGACCUUAAUGUGCUUCUUCUUGAGCCACUCCUUUGUUGCCUUGGCCGUGUGUUUUGGGUCAUUGUCAUGCUGGAAUACCCAUCCACGACCCAUUUUCAAUGCCCUGGCUGAGGGAAGGAGGUUCUCACCCAAGAUUUGACGGUACAUGGCCCCGUCCAUCGUCCCUUUGAUGCGGUGAAGUUGUCCUGUCCCCUUAGCAGAAAAAGACCCCCAAAGCAUAAUGUUUCCACCUCCAUGUUUGACGGUGGGGAUGGUGUUCUUGGGGUCAUAGGCAGCAUUCCUCCUCCUCCAAACACGGCGAGUUGAGUUGAUGCCAAAGAGCUCCAUUUUGGUCUCAUCUGACCACAACACUUUCACCCAGUUCUCCUCUGAAUCAUUCAGAUGUUCAUUGGCAAACUUCAGACGGCCCUGUAUAUGUGCUUUCUUGAGCGGGGGACCUUGCGGGCGCUGCAGGAUUUCAGUCCUUCACGGCGUAGUGUGUGACCAAUUGUUUACUUGGUGACUAUGGUCCCAGCUGCCUUGAGAUCAUUGAGAAGAUCCUCCCGUGUAGUUCUGGGCUGAUUCCUCACCGUUCUCACGAUCAUUGCAACUCCACGAGGUGAGAUCUCGCAUGGAGCCCCAGGCCGAGGGAGAUUGACAGUUAUUUUGUGUUUCUUCCAUUUGCGAAUAAUCGCACCAACUGUUGUCACCUUCUCACCAAGCUGCUUGGCGAUGGUCUUGUAGCCCAUUCCAGCCUUGCGUAGGUCUACAAUCUUGUCCCUGACAUCCUUGGAGAGCUCUUUGGUCUUGGCCAUGGUGGAGAGUUUGGAAUCUGAUUGAUUGAUUGCUUCUGUGGACAGGUGUCUUUUAUACAGGUAACAAACUGAGAUUAGGAGCACUCUCUUUAAGAGUGUGCUCCUAAUCUCAGCUCGUUACCUUUAUAAAAGACACCAGGGAGCCAGAAGUCUUUCUGAUUGAGAGGGGGUCAAAUACUUAUUUCCCUCAUUAAAAUGCAAAUCAAUUUAUAACAUUUUUGACAUGCGUUUUUCUGGAUUUUUUUGUUGUUAUUCUGUCUCUCACUGUUCAAAUAAACCUACCAUUAAAAUUAUAGACUGAUCAUUUCUUUGUCAGUGGGCAAACGUACAAAAUCAGCAGGGGAUCAAAUACUUUUUUUUCCCUCACUGUAUAUAUAUUAGUAACACCAUCCUAAUAUUGAGUUGCAGUCAGUACAGCCUCAAUAUGUCGGGGCAUGGACUCUACAAGGUUUUGAAAGCGUUCCACAGGGAUGCUGGCCCCCUGUUGACUCCAAAGGCACUUAAAUAUUUUGUCUUGCCCAUUCGCCCUCUGAAUGGCACACAUACACAAUCCAUGUCUCAACUGUUUUUGAGGUUUAAAAAUCCUUCUUUAACCUGUCUCCUCCCCUUCAUCUACACUGAUUUGAAGUGGAUUUAACAAAUUACAUCGAUAAGGGAUAAUAGCUUUCACCUGGAUUCACCUGGUCAGGCUGUCAUGGUGUUCCUAAUGUUUUGUACACUCAGUGUAUAUAUUCUGAAUACAGAGAUCUUUAAAUAAAUACCAUGCUUAUGAUAUCUAGGUUACAUCGUCAUUAGUCAGCUAGUCUGCUGUCAAAUUGAACUUUCAUGUUACAAAUGUUUUUGAUAUUACUGGUUAAAUUAAAUGUGUUUUUAUCUCUUUCCGUUUCAUAUGGGUUAAUAUGACCCUGUCUGUCUGUAGGAUGUGGCUGGUUUCUUACAGGAGUUCAAAGCUGCAGAUAUCCUCCUGGGAGUGAUCGCUAAGUCUCGAUGCCCUCGUCUCACUGUGAGUGAACUGUUCAACGUUCUAGUUUACAUCAUGUGUGUUAUACUCUAUUAUAAACCGGGUGGUUUGAGUCCUGGAUUCUGAUUGGUUGACAGCCGUGGUAUAUCACGGGUAUGACAAAACAUGUAUUUUUACUGCUCUAAUUAGGUUGGUAACCAGUUUAUAAUAACAAUAAGGCACCUCAGGGGUUUAUGAUAUACGUUGUUAUACCGUGGUAUAUUGGCCAUAUACCACACCCCCUUGGACCUUAUUGCUUAAUCAGUCCACCGUCUAGUCUUUGAAAUGCAUUCAAUAGUCCUUUUUCCCCCCAGUUGCACCCACCCAGCAAUAAUUUUUUUAAUUGGCACAACUUCAUGUUGCCAUGGCAUCUUAUUGAUGUUUUCUCUUGUCCUCUCUCCCCAGGAGAUAUGUGUGGGGAUCCUGGGUAACAUAGCCUGCUUCCCUGGGCCUUGUCUGACCCUCAGCCAGAACAACGACCUAGGGUGGGUGGAGACACUAAAAACACUUUUCCCUUUUCAACACCAACACUAAAACCCUUUUUCACACUAUCAUGACAACCUGAACAGUACUGUGCUGGCUUCGAUAUGUCCAGCAAUGUUGCAACGCCUAUGGAGGAUGUAACAGUUUCUCUCAUGUAAUUAUGUUUCUCUCCACAGGGUGGUGCUGUUGCUCCUUCUUGGAGACACUGAUCCCCCGACACUGCUGGAGACAACCAGGUGAGAAUACCCUAAAAGGGCUAGAAAAAUUCCUUCAUUGUCUGUUGUCGUGGCUCAAAUAAGAGGAAGAAGCACAAUGCUGUAUAUACCUUUUUUUUUAUAGAGAUGUAACUCUACGAAAUGAACUGGGCCCGGUUUCCCUAAAGCAUCUUAAUGCUAAGUUCAUCGUUAGAACCGUCGUAGGAGCAUCGUUAAAUCUCCGAGUAGUUUCCCAAAACCAUCGAUACUAAAGUUGCACUUUUAAAAUGUUUGUUAUUUGCCAACUGCCUCAGACCACUCGUAGAACAGCUAAGUGCGUCAUUAGAAUCUUUUUUUGUCCUUCCGCCUCACUUUAUACUCAGAAGAUCUCAGCUGAACACAGAAUCAAGCUGUUUAUCGGUGUCUCUGUGACCUCCGAUAACUUCGCAAUGAAGUUGACUACAAAGUUGCCAAUGUCUUUGCAAUUGUUAAACAUUUUACAUUUUAGUCAUUUUAGCAGACACUCUUAUCCAGAGCGACUUACAGUUAGUGAGUGCAUACAUUUUCAUACUGCCCCCCCCCCCCCCCCCAUGGGAAACGAACCCACAACCCUGGCGUUGCAAGCGCCAUGCUCUACCAACUGAGCUACACGGGGCCAGUAUAAACAAGCAAAGGAUAAAAAAAUAAGCUUCAAAUGGAAACCGAGAUGACUGCAUAAAAAUAUAUACUGUACAUUAGGCCUUAGGUAUUUUUUGAUGUUUUGUUAUCCACAGUAGCUGUUGCGAAAGCAGCAGCUACUCUUCCCGGGGUCCAACACAAAACAUGAAACAUGACAUAAUACAGAACAUUAAUAGACAAGAACAGCUCAACAACAGAACUACGUCAAUUAGGCUACGUAUUGAAAUCCAUUACGUGUUCAGUCAAUUGAGUUAUAUUUUAGCAAAUUGUAGGCUACUGUCCUUUUUGCCUCAAUAUAUUUAAUGAUGUGUUACAACAUGUGCAAUUAUGUACCAGAUAUGUGAUUUAGUGUAUUACUGUAGGGUAGACCUAAGCCUUGUCUCUUGGCACUUGCUUUUUAGAGUGUGUUUGUGUUUUUGUUGAUUAUUUCAUGUAUUGAUUUGUGUGAAUUUCUUUGUCCAGACUGCUGUUGACCUGUGUGUCCCAGAGCGAUGUGUCUUCUCUGUGGCUGGACAGAAUACGGCAGCAGACCUCUGUGUGCUCCAGCCUCUGCUUUAUCAUGUGGAGUUCCACCAACAGUAAGUCCUUCAUAUUUUACAACAACUGGGAAUCAUUUAUCAAAACGUGACUUUGCACAAAUGUGUAUGUGUAUGUGUGUGUAUGUGUGUGUGUGUGUGUGUGUGUGUGUGUGUGUGUAUUGAGAAUACUGGUUAGAAUAUGUUCAAAGAUUGAUCCAACCAGGACUCAUCCAUCAACGUUGUGGAAUAUGCAUCGUCAGUCACAGGCUUCGUUAGGAAAAUGUGUUGAUGAUGUUGUACCCACAAUAACAAUCAGACAUACCCCAACCAAAAUCUCUCUGGAUGAACGGAGAAAUCCGUACCAUGCUGAGAGCCCGUUCUGCAGCAUUCUAUGUCAGCAGAACGAACCCCGGCGACUCGGUGGGAAGCAACGCAUGCAGGUGGAAGCACUGCAUAUCCAUUAGGGACCCAAAAGACAAUACAAACUCAAACUUGAAUCGAUAUUCGACAACUCAGAUUCGCGUCGCAUGUGGCAAGGACUACAGGCAAUCGCAGACUACGAAGGCAAAUCCAGCUGUGCGGUGCCCACCGAAGCCUCCCUCCCAGACGGGAUUAACACAUUCUAUGCUCGCUUUGUGGCAGACGAUACCGAGCCAUCCAGGAAGGCUCUCGCUGCGCCGGACGACCAGGUGCUUUCGCUCUCCAAGGCUGACGUGAGGGAAAACUGUCAAAAGAGUGAUUAUUCAUAAAGCUGCCAGCCCAGAUGGCGUCCCUGGCCGCGUGCGCCCAACAGCUUUAUGAAUAAUCACUCUUUUGACAGUUUUCCCUCACGUCAGCCUUGGAGAGCGAAAGCACCUGGUCGUCCGGCGCAGCGAGAGCCUUCCUGGAUGGCUCGGUAUUGUCUUCUCGGACAUCUUCAACCUGUCCCAGGCUGUAGUCCCCACUUGCUUCAAGGAGACAGUUGUCCCAGUGCCCAAGAAAACCAAGGUGUCAUCCCCAAAUGACUAUGACCUCGGUCAUCAUGAAGUGCUUUGAGAGAUUGGUCAUGGCCCACGUCAAGGCCAAAUGCAAGGCACACUGGACCCACUCAAAUCGGCCCACCGCUCCAACAGAUCCAUGGAAGAUGCCAUUUCCAUCACUAUUCACACGGCCGUUAACACAUCUGGACAACAGGAACAUGUGCGAAUGCUGUUCGUCGACUACAGUUUAGCUUUCAACAUUAUUGUUCCCUCCAAGCUCUGAGCCUUGGUUCUUGCCACUACCAUCUGCUACUGGAUCCUGGACUUCCUGACGGGCAGCCCGCAGGCUGUGAGGAUUGGCAACAACACCUCCUCCACACUGACUCUUAACACAAGGGCCCCCCCCAGGGUUAUGUCCUCAGCCCUCUGCUGUACUCCCUGUUCACCCACGAACGCGUGGCUUUUGCACGACACCAACUCCAUCAUCAAGUUUGCUGACGACACCGCAGUUGUAGGCCUGAUAACCAACAACGAUGAGUCAGCCAAUAGGGAGGAGGUAAGUGAACUGGCAUUGUGGUGCUAUGACAACAACCUCUCCCUCAACGUCAGCAAAACAAAGGAGUUGAUUAUUGACUUCAGGGUUAAACCAGAGGACGGGGGAACACGCCAUGAAUCCACAUCAACGGGAGACUCAGACGUUUUUUAAAGUUCCCCGCCUGGUUCGGGAAUUGCUCCGUCCAUGACCACAAGCCCCAGUACAUCACUGGGGCAGAUCUGCCAACCUGCACGUGUACCAUGCACGCAAUUUUGAGGUCAGGGUACGAUAGUGCGGGGGGGGGGGGGGGAAGAAACGACAUUAAAAUACAAAAAAAAUGGGCUUCUAGUUGGCACAUUGGGGUUUUUGACUUAGCCGUCUGAAGUUGCAGCUGAACCAAUCAGACGACUUGAGCAAGGAGGAUAAAUCUCUAGCUCUCCGGCCCGGCCCCCGUAGUCGCAGUACUGUUUUCCUCCCUGGCUUCACUUCGUCUGCUGCUGGAAAAAGGGUAAAUGGAGAACGGACUGUUUGCCAAAUACAUUUUCCAAAAUGUUAUGUGUUAGUCAAGCACACUUAGACAACCACUAUUAUUUUAUAGUUAGCUCCUUAGCUAAGGCGUGUCAUUACAACAAAGGUCGUUAGCUACUGUGUUUAGUCAACUAAGCGAGAACACUUUCUUGCCCGCACAUGCUUUGAUCCCCGCAACGGUAGUCGGCACGAGCGCAUUGACGAGCAAGGAAACGUGUGCAGUGUCACCGUAGUCCAGUUGGCGUCGCUGCGUGGAUGGGAACACACGGCAGAGAGAGCUGAUCCGCCAGUACCGUUAUGUUGGACUGUUUAAAGAUGAGUAGGCCUGUGUUAAUGAAUCAGUUGUUGAUCCGUCCUCUUCAUAUUGCUGUAUGUCAACAGUAGGCUGCUAAUGAUGUCAUAAAAGCCAGGUCACCAAUGACAACAAGGCAUGUUGAAUGAAUGGUAGCCUAGUAGUCUGACCUAUGUGGGCCGUCGUGGGGUCCUCGAGCUUGGGAGUGCCACUGCCACGCUGAAGUGGUACUGAUAAAAAUUAUUCAAGGUUGGCAGGUUUGCUGGGGCCGUGUUCCCACCCCAUCCAGGACCUCCACUUGAAACGGUGCCUGAGGAAGUACCGCAGCAUCAUCAAGGACCCCCCACACCCCCCAGCCACGAGCUGUUCACUCCCUUACUGUCAGCCAGACGGUACCGGAGCAUGAGGUCUGAUACCAACAGGCUCAGAGACAGUUUCUAUCUACAAGCCAUCAGACUGUAUUGGAGCAUGAGGUCUGAUACCAACAGGCUCAGAGACAGUUUCUAUCUACAAGCCAUCAGACUGUAUUGGAGCAUGAGGUCUGAUACCAACAGGCUCAGAGACAGUUUAUAUCUACAAGCCAUCAGAACACUUAAACUGGGCUGAUCACCUAAACUGACUCCCUGUACCUUAGACACAGACACACACUACAUGACCAAAAGUAUGUGGACACCUGCUUGUCGAACAUCUCAUUCCAAAAUCAUUGGCAUUAAUAUGGAGUUGGUCCCCCCCUUUGCUGCUAUAACAGCCUCCACUCUUCUGGGAAGGCUUUCCACUAGAUGUUGGAACAUUGCUGCGGGGACUUGCUUCCAUUCAGCCACAAGAGCAUUAGUGAGGUCGGGCACUGAUGUAAGGUAAACAAACAAUUUCUGAUGUGUAAGAAACAUUAGAUUAUUUUUUUGGGGGGGGGGGGGGGGGGGUGACCAACUUUCAGUCCCCCCCCCCCCCCCCCCCCAAUCCCCAUCCACCCAUAAACCUCUGAAGUCUAUAGCUCAACAUUAAUUACUUCACCAAUCAGAGCAGCUUGCUAUAGAGCAAGCUAUUUACAAACAUUGGACAGAAGUGUAAGGCGGGUGGUGUGAGAGAGGGUGGAAGAGGCUUGGCUUGAAGCGCUGGGCAUCUUGUCGUUAUGACAAUAAUUAUCUGAAUUAGACCCACAGAAUUAUACCUAGGGAGAAGCGGCUUCUAUGAAGGAACUUUGAAUGUCUUUUGAAAUUCAGACUUGGUUUAACGUGUGUGUGCAGAGCGGUACCAGAGAUUAAAUAAAGCACUUCUUCUAAAUCCAAAGUGAAACGUGACAACUAUAAUAUCCUUAACUAGCAUUGAAAAGGUUAAUCCAUUCAUCUCUAAUUUAGAAAUGUCUCCCUAAUUUCUGAAUCAUGCUUGUAAUGUCAGUAGGCAAUUUUUAUUUUUAGUCAUUUAGCAGACGCUCUUAUCCAGAGCGACUUACAGGAGCAAUUAGGGUUAAGUGCCUUGCUCAAGGGCACAUCGACAGAUUUUUCACCUAGUCGGCUCUGGGAUUAGAACCAGCGACCUUUCGGUUACUGGCACAACGCUCUUAACCACUAAGUUACUUGCCGCUUAGUAGUUAGAAGCUACUAGAGUAUGCUUCAGAGGGGAGGGGCAGGUAGCCUACAUGCACACAUGUUGGUAAAGAUGCUCAGCUGGCAGACAGACACUGGAAUACGUUUCUGUUGGUAAAGAUGCUCAGCUGGCAGACAGACACUGGAAUACGUUUCUGUUGGUAAAGAUGCUCAGCUGGCAGACAGACACUGGAAUACGUUUCUGUUGGUAAAGAUGCUCAGCUGGCAGACAGACACUGGAAUACGUUUCUGUUGGUAAAGAUGCUCAGCUGGCAGACAGACACUGGAAUACGUUUCUGUUGGUAAAGAUGCUCAGCUGGCAGACAGACACUGGAAUACGUUUCUGUUGGUAAAGAUGCUCAGCUGGCAGACAGACACUGGAAUACGUUUCUGUUGGUAAAGAUGCUCAGCUGGCAGACAGACACUGGAAUACGUUUCUGUUGGUAAAGAUGCUCAGCUGGCAGACAGACACUGGAAUACGUUUCUGUUGGUAAAGAUGCUCAGCUGGCAGACAGACACUGGAAUACGUUUCUGUUGGUAAAGAUGCUCAGCUGGCAGACAGACACUGGAAUACGUUUCUGUUGGUAAAGAUGCUCAGCUGGCAGACAGACACUGGAAUACGUUUCUGAGUGAUGGAGUGAGGGCGUUUUUUGUGGGACCAAAAAAAAAAAUGCCUGGAUCGUAAAAUAACGUUAUUAACCCGGUUCCCGUGUUUUUCAAUUAACUGUUCCAUUCUGGAAUAAUAUAGAUCACUUUAGUUCCUAGUUCUGAUUCUGUUCCUCAAAAAAAAAAAACGACGUUACUUUCGGGUUUUAAGUUCCCUGAACAGGUUCCGACCCCUGAUAUUUGUCAAUUUUGUACGUUUUAUUGGAAAGAGGGUAGACCGUUGUAGAGAUGGAUAGAGUGUGUCACCGACACCACCAACGGGUGCUGUAGGAGGUGGCACCGACCUCUAGGAUACCCAGGCCUGAUCAUUCUUGUGUGGGUUUCUGUUAGAUUGUUUCAUAAGAACAAAUAUACAUAUUUGAUGUAACUGUUGAUGAGUGAAGCCCACUGUUUGCCUGUCAUUUCCUCUGUGUGUGUGUGUGUGUGUGUGUGUGUGUGUGUGUGUUUCUGUCUCUGUGUGUGAGUGUGUCUAUGCAUCUGUGCAUGGGUGGGUGUGUGUGUGUGUGUGUGUGUGUGUGUGUGUCUGUGUGUUUCUGUCUGACUAUACCCUCUCUCCGUAGUUGACCUGCUGGUGAAGGUGGGGGAGCUGGUUGACAAGCUGUUUGACCUGGAUGAAGAGUUGAUGAAGACCUGGGUCACAGCUGGAUCUCAGCCCAGUGAUGAAGAAGAGGGUGGGGAGAGACGUCUGGGCGUGGCCUCCUCGCUCCUCGAGGCUGCCAAGCAGCUAAGGUAAAGACAGUUGUUUCCGCUAAUAUUCUCUUAGAAAGUAUUGGUAAGAACAACUCCGUAAUAACCGCUUUGAUGGAGGUAUUAGUAAGAGCAAGCUUGUAACAGCAUGACAUCAUGUUUUCAGGAGACCUGCCACUGGGUGGUGCCAUUCUGAUAUGGCAAGCAACAUGAGGGGCUAUCCCCAAUGUUUCCACAGGUCAGAGAGUUUGAGGGGCUAUCCCCAAUGUUUCCACAGGUCAGAGAGUUUGAGGGGCUAUCCCCAAUGUUUCCACAGGUCAGAGAGUUUGAGGGGCUAUCCCCAAUGUUUCCACAGGUCAGAGAGUUUGAGGGGCUAUCCCCAAUGUUUCCACAGGUCAGAGAGUUUGAGGGGCUAUCCCCAAUGUUUCCACAGGUCAGAGAGUUUGAGGGGCUAUCCCCAAUGUUUCCACAGGUCAGAGAGUUUAUGAGGGGCUAUCCCCAAUGUUUCCACAGGUCAGAGAGUUUAUGAGGGGCUAUCCCCAAUGUUUCCACAGGUCAGAGAGUUUAUGAGGGGCUAUCCACAUGUUUCCACAUGUCAGAGGGUUUAUGAGGGGCUAUCCACAUGUUUCCACAGGUCAGAGAGUUUGAGGGGCUAUCCCCAAUGUUUCCACAGGUCAGAGAGUUUAUGAGGGGCUAUCCACAUGUUUCCACAUGUCAGAGGGUUUAUGAGGGGCUAUCCACAUGUUUCCACAGGUCAGAGGAUUUAUGAGGGGCUAUCCACAUGUUUCCACAGGUCAGAGAGUUUGAGGGGCUAUCCCCAAUGUUUCCACAGGUCAGAGAGUUUAUGAGGGGCUAUCCACAUGUUUCCACAGGUCAGAGAGUCCAGAGGGUUUAAAGGUUUAUCUGCAUGCCCUCCAGCUCCUCACCACGAUCCAUCAGGGGAUUGAGACGCUGGGUGAGACAUGUUGUUCUAAAAUGUUACAAAAUAGUUGCUUUAUGUAAAUGAUCAUAAAUUACAGCAACUUCUCUCUUACAUGACUUCUCCCUCUCGCAUAUCUAGUAUUUUAGUACAUUAAUAUAUUUAUAUCUUGCUUGUUUUUGUGUUUUUAUCCUGAGAGCUGAAGUUAGUAAGAUUUCCAAUGUAUUCAUUACUCAUAGCAGGUCAAGUUGAGCUAGUAGACAUCAAAUUUAACUCAUUUCCCUGGUCUCCCCUCCACUCCUCCUCUCCAGCUGUUGCAGGUGGGACGGGCCAGGUACUAUGGAGCUUCCUGUGUGAGGUGGUCUGUGAGGACCUGUGUCAGCCAGAUGACCCUCCACUAGUACUACAGGAAGAGAAGAUCUUACUGGUCCAUGCGCUGGCUGUUCUGUCAGUCCUGUAUUCAUGUCAGGACCAGGAACAAGAGCACAGCAAAGCGGACACGUGUAAGGACCUCUGGAUUUUUCACUCUCUCUCUGUCUUAUCCUGUGAUGAACGAGAGGUGUUGCUAAUGUGGUACUUUUUUAAUAAUGAGAUGUGAGCAUAUUUCUUCUACUUUUACUAACUGAUAACUUGAGCAUUUUCUUACCAAAACCACUGGAAGUCAAUGUACCUGAAAGUCAAACCAAUGUAAGGCAAAAUGAGUGUGUUUUUUGAAUUUCAUGUCCGAAUCAUCCCAAAGUAUUUGAAAGGCCUGUGCCCUGUUCUCCAGUCUUGCCUCUAGUUGGGAGCAUGUUGAGGGUACUGCAGUACCACAGAGAGUGCCAGGUCAGUUCUGGACACGGACAGAAGAAGAAGGAGGAAGAGGAGGAGGUGGAGGAAGAGGUGGAGGAGGUGGAUGAGCAGCUCCGGGCUCUGAUCCAGACAACGGUAGAGUUCCUCUCUGACAUCGUCACUGACCUCACCAAGGUAACGCUGCUGCUGGAACUGUCCAAUCAAAAACAGCCACUGUGUCCUACAAUGUUACUUCAUCUCUAAACCAAAAAUAGUCUUAAGUUAAUACAAUAUAAAAUGUCUUAUAUGUUUAUAACCUAUAUCGUGUGUGCGUGUGUGUGUGUGUGCGUGUUUGUGUUUGUGUGUGUGUGUGUGUGUGUUCCCUAGGAUGCGGUGUCAGAGUUGGUGAGGAGAGGUUACCUGACAGAAAAGACAUGUCUGCCAGCAGUAGGUUCUAUGCUCCCCCAGUUCAGCCCUGCCGUAAGUUCUCCCUCCCGCUUUAUAAUGCGCUAUAGAAUAUCCAUCAUGACUGAAAAAUAGAGGCCAGUGGAUAGGAUGUAAUCAACAUUAUGCUAAAUCAGGUCGAUUUUAAGACUUUGUUUCAAGUUUGUGUGUUGUCUUUGUCUGUGAUGUCACUUGUUCUCUGGAAACUACAGUCAACAUGGGUUUCCGCCACGCCCUAACACUUCAAAUCAAAUCAAAUGUAUUGGUCACAUGGUUAGCAGAUGUUAUUGUGAGUGUAGCAGAAUGCUUGUGCUUCUAGUUCCGACAGUGCAGCAAUAUCUAGCAGGUAAUAUCUAACAGUUCCACAACAAAAACCUAAUACACACAAAUCUAAGUAAAGGAAUGGAAUAAGAAUAUAUAAAUAUAUGGAUGAGCAAUGUCAUUAUCAGAGCAGCAUAGGCUAAGAUGCAAUAGAUAGUAUAGAAUACAGUAUAUACAUAUGAGAUGGGGAAUGCAAGAUAUGUAAACAUUAUUCAAGUGGCCAUUGAUCUUCAAGUCUGUAUGUAGGCAGCAGCCUCUCUGUGCUAGUGAUGGCUGUUUAACAGUCUGAUGGCCUUGAGAUAGAAGCUGUUUUUCAUUCUCUCGGUCCCAGCUUUGAUGCACCUGUACUGACCUCACCUUCUGGAUGAUAGAGGGGUGAACAGGCAGUGGCUCAGGUGGUUGUUGUCCUUGAUGAUCUUUUUGGCCUUCCUGUGACAUCGGGUGCUGUAGUUGUCCUGGAGGGCUGGUAGUUUGCCCCCGGUAAUGCGUUCGGCAGACCUCACCACACUCUGGAGAGCCCUGCAGUCGCCGUACCAGGCGGUGAUACAGCCCAAUAGGAUGCUCUCAAUUGUGCAUCUGUAGAAGUUUGUGAUUCCUCCUGGUCUGAGUACAGGGGUUGUCAUAACUAACCCUCCACCCUCUGUAUAGAUACAACACCUGGUCUUCAUGGUGUCAUAACUAACCCUCUGCCCUGUAUAGAUUCAUGUUGUCAUAACUAACCCUCUAUCCUCUGUAUAGAUUCAUGUUGUCAUAACUAACCCUCUAUCCUCUGUAUAGAUUCAUGUUGUCAUAACUAACCCUCUAUCCUCUGUAUAGGUACAAAACCUGGUCUUCAUGUUGUCAUAACUAACCCUCUAUCCUCUGUAUAGAUUCAUGUUGUCAUAACUAACCCUCUAUCCUCUGUAUAGGUACAAAACCUGGUCUUCAUGUUGUCAUAACUAACCCUCUGCCCUGUAUAGAUUAAUGUUGUCAUAACUAACCCUCUAUCCUCUGUAUAGGUACAACACCUGGUCUUCAUGUUGUCAGAGGCUGAUCCCAAGCUGGCAGACACAGUGAGAAAGGAGUUUCCUGUCUCCCACAGCCCCAAGCUGAUCCACUAG